UUACACAACAGCUGUUCGUCCUGCGCAAUACGGCAUCACACUUCGCAUUUACAUUUUUGCAACAUUCUGUCUAAGUGUCAUCACGUGAAUCAAUUCUCUGUAUGAUUAUUGAGAAUUCUUCGGCAGAGUUAAUAAAGUAGAGCUUCACCGAUCACGAGUAAUUUCCCUUGCAACCGCGACUUUUUCAACUUUUAAAACAUCCUCCAGCCAUGAAUAUGAUAAGACAAAAUUUUCACCCCGAAUGUGAAAACGCUUUGAAUAAUCAAAUUAACUUGGAAUUGUAUGCCAGUUACGUGUAUCUUUCAAUGGCCUAUCACUUUGAUCGUCAUGACAUUGCCCUAUCUGGUCUCAGCAGCUACUUCAAGAAGGCUUCAGAUGACGAACGCAACCAUGCUAUGAAGUUCUUAACUUACCAAAAUAAACGCGGAGGCAGAAUCGUUUUUCUGGAUAUCAAAUGCCCUGAGAAAGGUGAUUGGGGUACCGGUAAAGAUGCCAUGAUUGAAGCGCUGAACUUGGAGAGAAAAGUAAACGAGAGCUUGCUCAAUCUACAUACCACAGCAUCUGUCCACAGUGAUCCAAACUUUUUGGACUUUUUGGAGACGGAGUUUCUGCAGGAACAAGUUGAUUCCAUCAAGGAAAUUGGAAACCAUGUCACCAACCUUGAAAGGGUUGGCGAAGGCCUGGGCGUUUUUAUGUUUGAUAAACAGUUACAGGAUUCAGACUAAAACACACCAUUCUCUCAUUGCGGAAAUAUUUGCAAUUGAGAUUAUUUUUGACGAUAAUCUACGAUUGUUAAUUUUCUGUGAUUUAAAAGCUUUUAUUAGUCAAAAUAUUUGCUGUAUCUAAUAUUUAAAUCUUGCAUAUCAGUUGCUGUAAUUUCUAAUAGUUGGAUUAUAACAUGUGCAGUAUAGGAUAAUUUUUCUGCACAAAUACUGAGUCAUGUAUAUGGACUGAUCGCUGAUUGGCGAAAGAGGCUUUCAGUUUUAUAAUUAGGUAACUCAUAUAGUCAAUUUUAAUUGCAAUAAUGCAAACAUGUAUGCAUCAAGAUUAUUAUAUGUUUCAUGUCGAUAGUUUUAAUACUCAAGUAUUCUUCAACUUUUACUAAAGCUUAUCUGUAAGGAUAUAUUGAAGUAUUUUUUAAAUAUGUGUGCUUUUGCUUACACAACCUCAGUAUCUUAGAUACUGAGAAAUAAAGAACUUGAUCUUGAAAUUCUAGUUUAUUCUAUUCCUGGAUAAAUCGAGGGCAUAUUUAUUCAUUUACAUUUUAUACGUCCUCACAGAUUUGUCAAAGAAAAUAUAGAGAAUAUUGAAUAUAAAUAUUCAAUGUAUUUGGUCAAUACAACCUUGUAUUAAUUUUUUCACAUUAUAUCUUUCCAGUGCUGGCUACAUUUUGGUUGAAAUAAGAAUGACAAAGUAUACAUCGAAACAAUUGCAACAAGCAGAAUGACUGAUGGAAAGUUUUAUACAAUUUUAUUGCGAUGUAAUGAUCGACUAUAUGCAUUGGGACUCAAAAUUCAGAACAG